AACGCGUAGGAUUGCCUGUGCCUCAUCUUGCUACCAGCAGAGUGCUCAGAGCUCAGCAAUGAGACUUUGCUGCGCGGAAUUUUUGCGAGCGCCUUACGCACAUUCACAAGAAGCCAGGGAGUCGAGAUUUUGAAGAGCGGUGCUAGCCCCAACAUUCCCCAGGCUCGCGUCCAUUGUGACACUCCAUAGACGACCGUUCCACGCCCGGAUUCGCUGAAAUGUCGCCUUGAUCGAAAUAUUUGGAAUCAGACGCGCAAAUCGCGUCCUCAGAAACAUAAACGCGGAGUCGUGGGCCUGGCCGACGCGCACAUGGCACCGGUGCAUGUUCCGAUGAUUGAUCAGUCUGUGAGCUCUUGUUUGGCCGUCUCUUGCUCGAGGCUGACCAUUCGUGGCUUUUGUGGCAGCCAGGGACCCGCUGCUGCCUCAGGACCGCGCUCUCCGUUAACACAUCACCUCGUUCUCUCGUCUCCCUCACUACGCUUCCGAGAUGCCAGACCAUCAAAUCUUCAAGGCCACUUACAGUGGUAUUCCGGUGUACGAGAUGAUGUGCAAGGGCGUUGCGGUGAUGAGACGGCGCUCCGAUUCCUGGCUCAACGCAACCCAAAUCCUUAAAGUCGCGGGAUUUGAUAAGCCCCAGCGCACCCGUGUUCUAGAGCGAGAGGUUCAAAAGGGCGAGCAUGAGAAGGUUCAGGGAGGCUAUGGCAAAUAUCAAGGAACGUGGAUUCCGCUGGAAAGAGGUCUUGCUCUCGCCAAACAGUACAACUGCGAAAGCAUGCUGCGACCCAUCAUCGACUUCCAGCCUGCAGCCAAGAGUCCUCCCUUGGCCCCUAAGCAUGUUAUCGCUAGCGGCUCGUCUACAGUCCGCCCCUCCAGACGCUCUCAUGCAGAAACUGACAGCCCCAUGGUCAGCACACGAUCCUCUCGACGCCAUGUAGACGUCCCUGAUGAGGAGUCUGAACACGAAACCAUGUCGGACCGUGGGUCGGAGGACGGGUCCAUGACCCCUUCUCCUUCCGAAGCUUCUUCUAGCUCACGUACGCCGUCGCCGAUACACAGUCCGGGCUCGCACGUGUCUAACGGUCGUGAUGCUGGUCGACGAAGACACCACAGUCCAUCGAAGGGACCGGACCCACGCCAAUACGCAGAUCAACUACUGGAGUUCUUCAUCUCAGACUCGAACCAACUACCUCAUUUCCUUGUCAACCCGACCCCAGAUUUUGAUCCCAACAUGGCGAUCGAUGAUGAUGGUCACACGCCGCUGCACUGGGCCUGCGCCAUGGGCCGAAUUCGAGUCGUGAAGCUUUUGUUAUCAGCGGGCGCGGAUGUCUUCAAAGUCAACAACUCUGGCCAGACCUGUCUGAUGCGCAGUGUGAUGUUCGCGAACAACUAUGACGUUCGCAAGUUCCCCGAACUAUACGAGUUGCUCAAUCGUUCGACAUUGAACAUCGACAAUUUCAAUCGUACUGUGUUCCAUCACAUCGUGGAUGUCGCCAUGUCCAAGGGGAAGACGCAUGCUGCGCGCUAUUACAUGGAAAUCGUGGUCGGGCGACUAUCCGAUUUCAAAGGCGAAGUAGCGGAUGUCCUCAACUUCCAGGACGAGGACGGCGAGACUGCGUUGACGAUGGCAGCUCGUUGUCGCAGCAAACGACUAGUCAAGCUGCUCAUCGACAGCGGUGCUGACCCCAAGAUCGUGAACAAUGACGGCAAGAGCACGGAAGACUACAUUCUGGAGGAUGAGCGUUUCAGAUCUUCGCCUGCUCCCGUCUCUCGGACAUCGGGCAUGUCAUUCCGCAACGCGCAUGCUGCCAACGGCUCUUAUGCUUUUGGGCCCCACAAUGGGGAUAAACCGCCGUUACAUCACUCGGUAGCUGGUCAGCGUGCCAGCACACGUUGUGUGAAUGAUAUGACGAACAUGCUGGAUAGUUUGGCGGCUUCGUUUGACCAAGAGCUGCGGGACAAAGAACGCGACUCGAUGCAAGCGCAUGCUCUCCUGUCCAACAUCCAGGCUGAGAUUCUCGAAAGCCAGCGCACCGUGAACCAUUUGCGGAAUCAGGCUGAUGGCCUCGCUGCAGCAAAACAUCGCCUAAAGGAGCUCGAGGGUGUUUUGAACACCAAGAUGGGCCGCAGAUAUCGACUGGGCUGGGAGAAGUGGGUCAGAGAUGAGGAGAUGCGCGAGGCGGAGAUCCGUGCUGCUUCAAAUGGGCAGUUGGUCUCUCCGGACGUAAACAUGGACGGUGGGACUGCAGACAUCUCGGACCUGCUUGCGCUCUAUUCGGAUCUACCUACCGACCCUGAGGGUAUCCGACAAGCGGGCGAGAGUCUUCGGCAGGAGAUCGACCAGUUCCGCAAACGGCGGAAGGACACUUUCGAUACGCUUGUGUCGUUCCAGACGGAAGCCGGCACCAGCGCACGGAUGGCUGAAUACAGGCGACUUAUUGGUGCUGGAUGUGGUGGUGUCCCCCCGUCGGAAGUCGACCACGUGCUUGGGAUGUUGCUCGAGACUCUGGAAUCAGAAGAGCCGAGCUCGUCCUCUACUGCAUGGGGGAAAGCGACUUGAGCAGAAUAUAUCUCCUUAUUUGUAUCUACUCUCUGUGUCCACCGCGCUGUCUGUAAUACGUAUGUACCGCCAUAAAUCGAAUUUCCAUGUCAGACAGACACCGGAGAGUGCUUGUCCAAUCAGAUCCACAGUUCCGAUGUCACGUGCGGAAAUUACUCUCUUGCACAACCACGUCCGAAUGGCGACUGCUGCUGUCCUUCCCAAAGGGCAUCUGACGUCCGCCCUUUACAAGACGUUGCAAGAGGGAACGUCUGUGCCAUGGACCUCCGACUUCAACCACAUGCGCAAGCUCCCCCGACACAUCCGCAUGCACAAAAAAACGCAGGCGGACAAUUUUGAUCCCACCACCACGGAUGCACCCAAAAUCCCGAAGGAGCGUGUCAAGUUUUGGAACAUUGUGCCCGGAGACCAAGUGCGCGUGCGAGGACGCUAUGGGAACCGUCUCCGCGACGUGAGCAAGAUUCGGAGAUUGGAGAAUCUGGUCGAAUUCCCUCCGACCGACCAAUCGUCGAAUACCCCCAGUCCGGCGUACUCGUAUGCUAGUUGCCAGCUGUACAUCGGGGAAUACGAGUUCCCGCCGCUUCCUGGUUCCAAUGAACCCCGAAAACUACCGGUAUUCGCUGAACGGCUGUCAACUUCGCCUCCGGUGUGGAACGGGCGAAAACACCGCUGGGAGUGGGAACGUUACGCUAUCAAGACGAACCCUGUGGUUCCUCAUCUCAAGGACCAGAAGAUCCCUGUUCCGUGGCCAGUGCCCAAGGUCCCGUUCCUUCCCCCGGCAGGGUUAUACGACACGAAAAAGUCGGUUGUCACGAAAGUGACUUACGUGCCCCCGGCGUUUGCGAGCAAGCUCACUGCACCUCUGCCUCGUGUCCCGACUGAGGACGAGUACAUCGAGGGGAUGUCGCAUCCGACGAUGAAGCCGUGGUUCGGGCAGUCGCCGCCUGUCGAGAGCUAUCUGCACCGCGAGCUGUCGAACCCGCAUUCACGCGCCAAGAAGAUGGCCCGCUGGCAGGCGCAUCUCGCCUACAAGAAGUCGCUGCUGCUGGAGUAUGUCGCGGCGGAGAAGGCUGAGCUCAAUGGGCGGACGGCUAAAGAGGCUGUGGCCGACGCUACUUACAAAUGGCGGCAGAAGUUGUCGGACGAGCAGGAGGCGGAGAGGAAGCGGAGAUGGCUCACCCUGGCUGUUGCGAAGAAGUCUGAGAAGAAGAAGGCGCGCAAGACGAGGAAGGAACAGAAGCGCAGGGCUGAGCUCACUCGUCUUAUCCUUGCGGAGGGACCCAACCAAAUCAUACCUAAAGAAGCACUUGGUGUUUGACCACCUCUUUAAUGAUUAUGCACUGAAUUUCUGUGCCAUUCUAGAGCUGGUGUGAAGCGCAAAUGGUAUUGUGGUCUAGUCGAGGCAAUGUCUCAAUCUCGGUCCGUCUCUGGUCACCGAUUCAUCUUCGUAGAUAUCUUUUACGUUCUUGGAUCCUUCAUGGGCCAACAAUGAUGAUUAUGGCCUAAACGACCGAGAAACUUUGGUAAGACCUGAGAGCAUGCUCCUGCUUUUGGUAAGGUGCGUCUCGCGAGCAGGGUCCGCUUUCCAACUUUAUGUAAAGGGUGUGCCCAAAGUGUGAAUUUAAAAAGCCUG